AUGUACGGGUUUCAUACACUGCUUGGGCGCGACUAUGAGCUGGCCAAGAAAGUCAAGGUCGGAAAUCACCGUCUCGUGUCGGCGCAUGAGUUCAAGUUGAUUGAUGGAAAGACGGCCCUGGUGGAAGCCCCGACACCAAUCGUCGUGUCCCUCAAGCCCUGGGGUGGUAGAGAUCAAGAGUGGAUAGUCUCUGGUGGCUUCCAAGAGCUUGAUAUUGAGACUGGAGAGGUUUUAUUCGAGUGGCAGAGUCUCGACCAUGUUGACCCCAAGAAAAGCGCGUUCCCGCUCGAUUUUGGCCCUGGGCUUCCCGGCUCCGGUCGGAACGAGACUGACGCGUGGAACUAUUUCCACAUCAACAGCGUCGACAAGGACGACGAGGGCAACUAUCUCAUCUCGGCGCGAAACGUCGCCGCCGUCUUCAAAAUCAACGGCACAACCGGCGAUAUCAUCUGGCAGCUCGGCGGGUACCAGGGCGGCUCCGACUUUGCGCUGGCCGGCGAGGACAUCUUUGCCUUUCAGCACCACGCGCGGUUCCGCGGCCGCUCUGCGGACGGCGCGACGGAGCGCAUUUCUCUCUUCGACAAUGGCGCGCACUCGGCGCCCGUCAACAAGACGCAUCCCGCGUCGCGCGCCCGCGUCUACGAGCUGAACCACCGCACAGCGACGGCGCGGGCCGUGGGGACGUACGAGGCGCCCGACGGCCUCUCGGCGCCCACGCAAGGCAGCGUGCAGCUUCUGGAGAAUGGCAACGUGUUCGUCAACUGGGGCCAGGCGGGGGCCGUCACCGAGUACAGCAGGGACGGCAAGGUCUUGUUUCACAGCUACCUGGACUCGGCGCCGAACCGGCUUGCGCAGAGCUAUCGAGGUUGGAGGCUGCCUUGGACUGGGACCCCGGCGGAGGAGCCAGCAGUCACGGCCAGGCGUUCUGGUGGAAAGCUAGACGUCCAUGUGUCCUGGAAUGGAGACACGGAGACGUCUACAUGGCGUUUUUACAUACAGACUGCAGAGGAGGGUUCCCGUCGAGCUCUGGGAGAGGUGAAGCGGGUAGGAUUUGAGACGCACGGGUCGUUCCAUGUCGGUUCAGUGGACGGCAGACAGUUUAUAUCGGCGGACGCAAUUGGGGCGGACGGUGCUGUUCUCAGACAGUCCAAGGCAAUUUUGGUGAAGAAGGGCGCUGAUUCGCAGCACUUCGAUCCCACUCGGCUUCAGUGGCCUCUAGUAGAAGAGCUAUAG